AUGCGGAGGGCCUGCAGCAAAAGAAGAAGUAGAUAUAGAAGGCAGUCUCUCUCAAAACUAGUAUUGCCAUUAAUACAAGGUACGAUGCAACCACAUCAACAACAACAUCAACAGCAGCAACAACAACGGAGAGAAACCCUGGCAGAUUCUUUUCAUCUAGAACAACGUAAACAUCUCGAUAACGACCAGAACAACAACAACAACAAAAUCAGCAACAACAUCAACAACAAUAACAACAUCAGCAACAUCAAUAACAUUAAUAGUGACAAUAAUUCUUGUAGAGAAGAUGACAGGAAUGAUGAUGAAGAUGACCAUGCUACUUGCAGCGACAUUAAAGAGAAGAUGAUGAUGAAGGGGAAGAGGAUGAGAAAGAUGAUGAUGACGAGAGAGGCAGAGGGUAGAGAUAAGCAUGGCAAAGCAAAAUCGAAAGCAGACGACGUGCCGAGAGAUGACAGUAACGAUAUUUUCUGGCAAUCCUAUGUAAACUUGACAGAACAUGCGGUAGGAGGCUGUCUCAGUCGAGUGGGAUAG